AUGGGGACCAGUUCCCGCUCGAUCCAUCCCAUGAUGCAUCUCACUCACAGCUACACUAUAGCAGGCAAUGAUCGACAUGAGUACAGUAUGCACCCGAUUUUGAUUUUGUUUUUUGCUUUUAAAGAAGAAGGAAAGGCUAUUGAAAAACGGAGGAAGUCAAACCAAUGGUAAGUCCAGAUGCUGUUAGUAUCCAGGUCAUUUAUAAAUGAUGUUCAAUAUGCAAAAUCUUUGCCUUCUGACGUGGACAAUGCAAAGUCAAAUUCUAGGCUUUUUGAGAGCUUUUGAAGAUUGCUCGGCUAUUUCUAUUUCGGCUAUUUUUCGCUAUUGAAAUGUCGACAGAUGCUUCGUCCGCAUGCACUGUUUUAGCUGUAAAAUUUUUGUAUUAUACAGGUACAGUAGAAACCCGGUAACUUGAACUCUGAAGGCAAGCAAAAAAACAGUUAAUAGCGAGGGUUCGAGUUAUCGGGGUCGAUUGCAAAAUUCAAUCUGCAAAAUUGAUAGUUGCUGAUUUUUUCAGUACCUAGCGUAAGCUUAUUUAGUGCAGUGCGAAUUUCAUCAGAAACGGUAAAAUGAUAAACCGUAUUUUUUAGUGAUAAAACGUGAUCUGGACGAGUUGACUAGUGUUAUUUUUAGUGUUGUUACCCUUGACUUGUAGGAACUAAUGCAGGGCUUGAAAUAAUAGGGAAUUUAGGAUAGUUCACUGGGGCCAUGACGGUAAGAAGGCGCGAAAUUUUUCAAUGUAAGAUCGGACAACAAAACAGAAGACGUCAUGAUGUGCGAAACUCACUUGUAAUUUCUUUCACAGAAGGCUCAAUUACUGAAGAAGAGUUUCUUAUUUUAUACGAAGAAUACCAAUCAGAAGAGUAAGGGUACAAAUUAAAGCUAGCUAGUGUUCAGAACUAGUCAAUGCUUUUAUUUGAACUUUCCGUUCCUAAGCCAACACCUUUUGAGUUAAAGAAAUCUUUUCUUGAUAAAAAUACAGUUUUAAGUUAAAAAAAAAAAGACAGCUACAAUUAUCACUUUUAGUCCCAAUUCAAAAGUCGAACUUCUCAUGUGCCGAAUUUCGGUAGAAAUCUUACCAAAUACAUGUUAGUUCAACAUAUUUGAGAUUUAUCUCGGCUAAUGGGGCUGUUUUUGCCAUAAACUUGCAAAUUUAUCUGAAAGUUCAUCACUGUAACAAGAAAACAUCCCAAAACUGCCAGGUGUUCGUAGAUUAUUACUGCAAAAAACUGGGCUCUGGCCAGUGCAUGAUAUAAAAAGCUUUGCCAUGGGUGCAUUUCUGAAACCAUUGUUGUUAAAAUAGCAAAUGAUGAUCUCUGAUUAAAAAAUAACCUUUUGCGAGACAAUACCAAGUCCAAAUGAGAUCGCAAAGCAAGCGGGGGUUUUGAGCACAAAAUCACCGGUUUUAAAAAGGCAACAUUUCAUUUAAAAGUAGUUGAUGUUUCUGUUGUAGUUGUUAUUGCACAGGCUAAUGCUCAUCAUUCCCCCCCUCCUGCCCCCCCCCCCAAAAAAAAACAAAAUUGGCAAAAUUGCCAAUUGUUUCAUUAAAAACGUUCGUGAAAUCAGCACAAAACCAAUUGCUUAAAGAAAUUUCUGCAAAAUUGGCUUUUUUUAGCGAUCAUUUUUUGGCGAAAUUUGUCCCAAAUUUUUCUGCCAAAUUCCCAAGAAAUCGGCCGUUUUUUCCGCCAAUUCUUCUCUAAAAAUCCCACGAAAUUUGACUUUUUUUCCACGACCUAUCAGAGGCCUUGUGUUAUGAAUGGUUUACAUUAUAAAAGUUCUUGAUCUGGUGGCCUCUUUCUCUCUCUCCUCCCACUUUUUUCCUUCAUGAACUUCAAAAUUGUCCAAUCUUGACCAAUUGUAUUUAAAAAAAGUGAACGUCUGAAUUACAUUAGGAGCGUAAAAGAGCAGACAACUAAGGAUUUGACCAGUCAAAACCUAUUUUUGACUGACCGCUAUUUCAAGCCCUGUAAUGGGUUGGCAUCCAAGUGGAAUUUCAAAUAAUAAUAAAUUUUUGAUCAAGGGAAAGAAAAUUUAGUUUGAGUUAGAGGGGAGUGCGAGUUAGCGGGGAGUUCGAGUUAUUCGAGUUCGAGAUAUCAGGGUACUACUGCAGAAUAUUCUUCAUGCCAAGAGGGAAGAUAACUAUUAGAUAUCAAUAAUAUUGAUUAAUUAAUUUGAUUAUCGAUGGACAAUUGAUCACAAAAGUAUUUUAUGAUUAUCAAUUUUCAUGGGAAUCGAUAAAUUGAUACAUUCACCUUUCAAUGAAUUUCAUCAUGGGGGUCAUUGUUUUGUCCACCAGCAUCAAUUUCAACAAAAUAAUUUAUGUCAUCUCAAACAUUGUUAAGUUUACUGAGACAUGAAUUUUUUUUUUAAAUUCACGUUUGUGUGAUUAUCAAUAAUAUUGGUCUUCGAUUGGUAGAAACCAGUCAAUUGCAAUUUACAGCAAAUAAAAUUAUUAUAUAUAACAUACAGUUAGAAGAGAAAUUCUAACUGUGCACAUGUUAUGUUUGCCACUUGUUUGAUAUUGAGAGGUCAUAAGCUGUUUUUGUUGACAGACAUUACGUUUGAUGCAUAAUAACCACUUAGUAAAGGUUUAAGUUUGUUUUGUUUUCUCCAAAAUGCCCAGACCUGAAUACAUGUAAUUGCAUAAAGUUGUUAUAUCCACACAUUUUGUCACUCUACAGAUGUAGGCCCAGAUCCCGGUUGUUGAAAAGCUGGAUAGAGCAACAUGUAUCUAUGAGAUAAAUCACUGUCCAGCGGAUAAGUAUUUGGGAAACUUGCCUUAUCCAUUGGAUAGUGAUUUAUCCACUGGAUAGUGCUAUCCACCUUUUAAACAACUGGGGCUAUCUCUUUAGCAUAGUUUGAAGGAUUUUGAAUUCUCGUGGAUAGUGAUUUUACUGAUCCAAAUCCAGUAGAAACAAAUGUAGCUUAAACUGAAGUUAUAUUGAUGUCUCUAAUGGAAAAUUGCACUGUGACUCAGUCCAGGUCCCAGUUGUUCAAAAGGUGGAUAGCACUAUCCACUGGAAAACGCAAUUAGUUUUCGUAAUACUUAUCCAUUGGAUAAUGAUUUAUCUGGUGGAUAGUGCUAUCCAACUUUUGAACAAUGGGGCCCAGAUUGUUAUUCCGUACUGAUCCUCUCCAUUUCGUUCUUCUGUAAACAUUAAUGUUGUCUAAUAGACUGAAGUAUGACAUUAAAUACUAGGUGAUUCCUCGUUAAUUGGUGAUUACAUGUACUUUUAGACUACAUGUAGGUUAACAUUAAUUGUCUAGUGACUGUUCUGAGUCAAAUGCCACUUUUUUAUCACCCCAGCCAUGGUGCAGUCCUACAUGUAUCUCCCUACUGCAUGACAUGCAGUGAGUGUUGUUUGUGACAAAAAGAAAUGGCAAUACAAAGCCAAUUAUUUCUGACAAUUGUUGAGAUCCAGGAUCUGAACUUUAUUUAACAAGCAUAGUCCAUAAUUCAGGUCCCAAAAAUGGAGGAAAUGGUAAUCCACUGCAAUUGCAGGAUCUUCAAAUCUGCUAGAAUUUUGUUCUGAAUCCAAAAUCUGGGCAAAAAUCUUUUCAAAAUGUGACCUGUUGGCCCAUUCAUCCCUCUCAGUAAGUAAGCUACUAAAAUUGAGUGGAAGAGGGUUCUCAAUAGAAGCCAGCACCCAGUGAUUGAUCACUGCCUACUUUGAAAUUUGUACAUGUAACUGCUUACACCAUGUACUUUGCAUUCUAUUUACUGCUUUUCCCAUCCUAGUUUAUGGUCCUUCUGUUUGUCACUGCCACCUACUUAAGGUUGGGCAGAUGCCUACUUCAAAUCCUAUUGAGAACCCUGCUGGAACAUUAUUGUUUUUAUGUGUUAAGUUUGCCCAGUAUAUACACUUGUUAAUUGUAAGAAUUUAACAUAAGCAGUGAUCAGAACUCACUAACAGCAGUAUUUAAAUACACUCCCUCGGAUCUGCUCAAUAGGCCAUUUUUGAAUUCUGAAAAACUCUCACUUUCAAAACAAGGAUAAGUGCAAAACCUUUGUUGUGAAAUUGAGACUUAUUUGCUUGAUAAUGAAAAAAACUCCAUAUCAAUGGCUUUGCACUUAGCCUUCCUUUGAAACAAAGGGCUGAGGCAACUUGGAAAUGGCCUAUUACUUAAGACCUUACUAGUUUGCUGACGUGUCAAUUUUGGUGUGACAAGUGCAGUAGAGUCAUGCUGUUAAACACCACAGCUGUGACCAUAUCAGCAUAGAGGUGCAGUGUAGCUUGAAAAUACUUUAAUAGUUGUUGCCGUUAAAUUNUCUUAUUACCAUAGUCUGAGGCAAAGGGAAAUAAUUCUAAAUACAAUUUAAGAAUUUUCAAUCAGAGAUAAAUGUGAAUCACAACAUAAUAUCUCACCAUCAUGUUAAAAUAAAUUUUUUGUUUUAGCUGGGUCUCUGGAAGGGCCCCUGAUGGUAGAAUCCAGCAUUACAUGCUGAAGAUAAGAAGCUGA